UAACACACAGCAAAGACGUCACAGCAACCCGGAAGAUCUCCAAAACGACCUCAUGCUACUUACUACUUUGGCCACAUUGUUGUCAUGGAAACGUCCCGCGCAGUUUUCAUCUGUAUGCACGUGUAGCUGCUGACAUGUGUUCACGUGAAGGACAGUCAUGACUGUGAGUUAAACGUGCAGACAGGAUGAUCAGGCACGCAUGUCUCACGGUCAGACGUGUCCUCUCUGUCGGUCUGCGCUGCUUCUCUCACGUUUCCACUGGAGAAAUAAUCGAAGAUGAAUUUGAAUGGACUCAUCUGAGCAGACAGGCGUCUCUCUACGUACACUGGCCUUACUGUCUCAGGAGGUGCUCCUACUGCAACUUUAACAAGUACAUAUCCAGACAGAGCAAUGAGCACAUCAUGACUGAGUGCCUUCAAAAGGAGACUGAGUCACUGCUGCAGCUCAGUCAGGUGUCCAGCAUUACCUCAGUGUUUUUUGGCGGUGGGACUCCGAGCCUGGCUCACCCCUCGACCAUUGCUGCAGUCCUGGAAACUGUCUCCAGGCAGGCGAAUCUCUCAGAUCAGGCCGAGGUCACGCUCGAGGUCAACCCCACUCCUGUGGGAAUGUCAAAGUUAGAGGACUAUUGCCGUGCCGGGGUAAACCGUUUCUCCAUUGGGGUCCAGUCUUUGCAGGAUGAGGAUUUGAACAUUUUAGGAAGAGACCACAGCUCUCAUCAGGCUUUGCAAACUAUUGAAGAGGCCAGGAGGCUGUGCCCCGGGAGGGUGUCUGUGGAUGUCAUGUUCGGGAGGCCCAAACAGAGCGUUGAAUCCUGGGAGGAUGAGUUGUCUGAGCUGUUGAGGGUGUGCGACGACCACGUGUCUCUUUACCAGCUCACUCUAGAGCGAGGUACCCAGCUGUUCAAACAGGUACAAGGAGGACAAGUGACCGUGCCCGCCGAAGAUGUGACAGCAGAGAUGUACCAGUGUGCCAGGAGGACCCUCGACCAGCAUGGCUUUUUACAGUAUGAGGUGUCUAACUUUGCAAGACAUAACGCAGUGAGUCAUCACAAUAUGAGCUACUGGAAGGGAAGACAAUACAUCGGCGUCGGCCCAGGAGCACAUGGGCGCUUUGUUCCACUGGGGGAUGGAGGUGUCACUCGGGAGGCCCGGACCCAGACGCUGGAGCCUGAUGUCUGGAUCCGUGAAGUGCAGCAGAGGGGACAUGGGACACGUAGGAAGAUUCAACUCAGCCAUCUUGAACUCAUUGGGAGUUGUUUAGCCCUCAGCUGGGUCUCUGUGAAGUCUUUGGUACAUCCACCGAGGUCCAAGAGUUACUACAGAGUGGACGACUCAUUCUUGAUGACAGAGGUCUGCGCUGCUCCUGGGAUGGACUGGCCUUACUGGACAGCAUGCUGCCAGCUCUGCUGGUGGAGCUGGAACGACAAAUCUGUCAGCAGCUACAAAAGGACUGUCAUGUUGAUGCAAAAAAGAAGACCUCCAACCCACGAUGACAGGAAUGUUAAUAAAGCGGAUGGCGUCAGAGAAAGCUUGUUCGUAGGUUAGGCUGACAGUACAUGUAAGCUGCUGUCAUGGCAACUCAAACCACCACAAAUUGAUCACCUCCAGUCCCCUUUCUGUCACUCUGAACAUUAGAUUUUAAUAUAUUUAAACCCUCCAGGUGCUUUCAUGUUGGUAUUGCUGAAACAUUUCUUGUUGAAUUAUUUAACAUUCAUCUUGAUACUCAUAACUAUAACUUUCCCAGUGCACAGGAAAUAGUUUGAGAUGAAGUGAAUGCCUUUUCAGGAUGGUGUCUGUAUUGAGAAUACAUUUAAUUUUGCUGCUCUUGUAAAUACAUCCGGUGAAUAAAUGAAUGUGACUCCACAUUUAACCAGCACAGUGACUAACAGAUGCAAUUUUAGCCAGGAAAGUCUUGCAGGCGGAGCAUUUAUUAAAACCACAGGAUUCAUCAAUACGACCAUGCACUGUACUACUUCCUCCUCUCUCUCUCUCUCACCUCUGUACAUCCAUAUGAAAGGUUUAACUUUCUUCAAAGUUAAACUUGCUUUAAGAUUUAUUUUUGGAACAUUAAUAUAUUCAUUUAUCCUCAGAAAAAGGGACAUUACACAGGUCUGAAAGUUGCUCGGUAGAUCUAUAUCAUGUGGUAGAAAUUGCUGAGAAAAUAGAGAUAAUGUUCAUGUGAGUCUUUUACUCAUCAAAC